GCUUCGUCUACUUCAACUCAACCUCAACGCUGUAUGCACGUCCUAGGUUGUCUUGUUGCGGGAGGGUAGCGGAGUUAAUUGUCUCCUAACUUUCGAUUCAACCCCAGGGGUCCUCCGCGACCACCUGAACAUCGAAUCGCCCACCCCGUGCGAUGAAGCUUCCUUGGUCCCUUCAGAGUGGGAGGCAACUCAACGCAAUCCUCUCCAAUUCCUGUCGAAGCCCUCCACGGGAGAUGAUCCGAGGAGGUACCUGUUUAUCGGAACACUCGAAGGCCAUACAAAUGACGCUCGAAAUUUCGCCCUACUUUGAAAGGCCAACAUAAACCCGCUAUUCCAUCAGUCACAGACACGUUGAUAAACAAUAUUGGUGGAAAAGCCCUCGGGGUUGUACCGAAUAAAUAUCCGAUCAACCGCCGACAUCAACACCGGAAAACGCGCAAUUAGAACAUCACAACACCCCGAAAUCUUGAUGGAAAAUACUGUCGCACCUCGCUAUAACGAACGCCAAGAGUUUCCGGUUUUUCAUCCGCUAUAGAGAGGAUUGAGAAGAAAUCCCUUAAUUUAUAGCAAGAACCAUUUAUGGGAGCGGAGGGGUGAAUUGCCAGAGGAUUCGUCCGUAACAGCGAGGCCUCUCGGAUGAAGAGAUCCAUUAAAGCGAGGCGCGACUGUAUCCGUAUUUCAGAACGAGAAAAAAGCGCUCCAUGCCCUGCAGUCGCACUGGAGUUUAAUAAGCCCACAGCCCAACCAUUGAACGCUUGCUGGGCCCACCAGCGAGCUCCCGGCACUUCCCUAAAUCGGUCCAAAGGCUCGACAGCGGUCACCAAUGGCCAUCCUGUUCCCCCGGAAUACCCUGAGAUCUCAUCAUACUCAGAGUACUCUCCCGUGAACUGAUGUCUACAACUCUUUACUUACUUCAACAUGUGUUGGUGUUGAACUGGCGCCGAGAUUAGUGGCUGGAGCGGUUUACUGCAGCCCAAUAUCUCUUGUCCCGAUUCCGGUUCGGGUAUUCUACCGGAAUAGCGGGACACGCCCAGUUCAAACAACAAGACUGGCACUGGAGAGAAGGAGCGCGCUAGUCGCACUGUGAGAAGUGAGGAUAGUAGUCCCUCGCGACACUAAAGCGACGGCAAGGUAUUUGGGUCGAUAUCGUACAAACGGCAGCAAGAAAAUUCCGGUACCGGUACUUAUCGCAAGUGACACUACGGGGAAGACACACCGCAGUCGGGCAAUCAGGAACCAUGGGAAGGAGGAAUUACAUGGUUAACUAUUUGAGGGCUCAACCACCGUCACUCGGCCAAGUUCUCACGAGCCCGCCUUACAGUGGAUAAGCAGAUGAGCUAAAUAUUUUCUUCCAUCCAUAGACUACCGGUAUUGGAGGAGCGCGCCCCUCUCCGGUGGGCGUGAGUCGAGAUGUCGAUAUCCACAGCAAUGCACCAGAUCCGGAGAUACUCGUACAGCAGCCUCAACAGGGCGGCACAAAAAAACAAAGAACCCUGGCUUUUUCUCUUUCCCCAUCCAACAUGCGCGCGAUUCCCAGGAAAACCCCAAACACUCUUCCCCAUUCAGCCAGGCACUGCACAGUGCCCUGGUUACUAUCACAGGGUCCUUGUUUGAACAAGGGAAACCUUCUUCAAAUACCGCAUUUGCCAAGACCAUCCGAAAGCUUAUACGUAACGUCAUUUUAUCCCAGUUGGGCCCCGCAGCUCCCCCGGAUAUAUCGGCAUUUAAUGCUCUGCGUGCAAUCGGGAACUCGCUCCACUGGGGAAAAAGAAAUGCCUCAGGGAUACUUAAGUUGGUGGUUGUCUGCCCACUUUCUCUCCCCCUUCUUCAAGUUCGCUUUGGAUAGUACUCUCAGAGGUGAGUUGCGAAGAUCCCACCCAUCGAACCGAGGGAAGAAAUGCUUACAAUUUUCAGAGGUUAAAGUGGUUCAUUGCAGUUCCAAUUACGUCUCUGCUCUUCUUGCCCCAAUUCUUCUACUUCAGGGUACCAUACCGCCCCCCUCUUGCUCCUACCGUUAGCUUUUAUCGCUCUCCUAACAUUGCGACCAGAAUUUCAGCAUGCCCGCACUACAGUCCCACCUCUACAAGCGCGAAAACUGGGCGAGCAAGGAACGCGGGGUAAUCGUCGUCUUCUGCAUCAUCGGCGCCCUGGCAAUUUUACUCGGAAGCCUGUUCAUUCACAAGAAGCUCGCAGCGAGGAGGGCAAGAUCUCAGAAGUGAGCGUGCGGCGUCUGUUUGAAUCCGACAACAAGCGGGGGUGUUUUUCUGGAUUACUUGAUGCUCUUAGGUGCGCGGGUAUGGGUGGAUGUAUCAGACUUGCUUUUUUUUAAACCCCGUCGACACCAGAGCAUGGAUCGAUCGAUUGAUUGAUGGGUGGGCGGAUGGUCGUAUGAUAAUUCCGGUGCCAGUGCCAGGAUGUAUUAAUAGGUGGAUAGUUACGAUUUCUACUGUACCCGAAUAUCGGAGGAGUCUGGCUGAAUAAAUAAACGGGAUGCGGGGCUUUCAUAAAGAAUUGUGCGCCGCAUCGUACUGUUUUUCAAACUUC